UCGUAAUGGUCGUAAUCGUGUUUCGAAUCAUUUCGAACCGACCUGAAUCAUUCCGACUCGGUGAGGCCUGUGGCACGUCGUAUGGGGUUAUACCGCGGAAAAUGAUUCGGAGCACUGUGUCCUGCAGGAUCGUCACGGUGCUUGCGGUAAUACUCGAAAUCUCGGCCACCAAACAUUGGUAUGUCACGGAAAAUGGGAGAAUUCAGCCGCAGCAUGACAGUGUCUUUGAUAUGCGUCGACCAUAUGAUCUUUUGGGGUUUUUGGAGCAGGAAAAACGCAGGGAAACAGCCGAUGCCAUAUACAAAAAAAUAUCAAGGAAGGAAGUAUCCAUUGACAAUCAGUUUGUUGGUCUAAGCAUGGCUGAUGCAGAAAAUUCAAAUUCAGACUGUUUCUCGUGGGACAAAUCAUUGGCUGACGUUGACGUGCACGCUAGUAUAAUAAUCGAUUAUAGACUUAAAAAUGGCAUAGACCAAACUGAUUAUAUGUUAUAUAAUGUGGUGGCUAAUAGUAAACCAACAGUUCCUGAUUGUCAGAAAACAUUUCCGUUAGAUUUUAGUAUAUACACAUUCGAACAUCUUAAAGCAAUGCAGAACCGAAAAAAUCUUACGCAACAUGAAGAACUCAGCUUAAUGAAGUAUCUACCGUUGAAUACUGAUCUUAAUCAAUUUGGUCAUCAACUUGCCUACAGCUUAUCUCGCAAUAAUACCUCUUGGGUAUAUUUGAAUCUAGCAUCGAUUUAUUGGCGGAUUAGGGGAGAUGCUUAUAAUGCUUUAGAGUGCAGUCGUAGAGCGAUUGUAUGUGCUCCAAGGCAAUAUCGUGAUAUUCCUCUUCUGACUACUGCUGGCAUUUUACACGCUGCAAGAUGUUCUGGCGAAGCCGCGAUUAUUUUACAUGCGGCGAUAGAUUAUAAUCCAACAGAAUGCUAUCAUCACCUGGCGCUGGGCCACGUUUAUACGUCUCUCGGCGACUUCGAUCGAUCUGCAGCGUGUUAUGAUAAUUGUUUGAAAUUGGCACCUGACACACUAGAAGCCAAACAGAUGAAAUAUGCCAUAUUAUGUCAUCGUUUUUUAGAAACGUCUUUGCUAUUAUUUGAUCAGCGCUUGCGGAAUGUGUUGUCAGAAAUACAUGCAUAUCACGACUGGAAGGAAGAAUGGUUUAAACUCUAUGAGCAUAUGCUCUGGGAGCAAAAUAUUAAAUCUGCUACCAGAGAAAUUAAGCUCGCUUUUGCGCGAGAGCAGAAUCUACAUUUACUUACAAUAAAUCCGGUUGAAAGGUCAAUUCAUCAUAUUGAUAAUAAUAUUAUAUUAUCUUACAUGGAUUUGGGAGACAGGAAAAAAAUAGCUGAGAACAUGUUGCAGAAUGUUCAUGUUAGUCUUCACCUGUUGAAAAAUUUACAAAAACAAGUAAAGGAGCGCAGCAAUCGUAUUACAAAAGACAUAAUUACGGAACUUAAUGUAGAGUACAAUAAUUUAUUUGCAUCGCCAACAAGAAGUCCAAAAUAUCACAAUGUGGAAAUUAAGAAAGGAAAUGAAGAUUUUGAAGCUGAUUAUUGGCCAAAGAUAUCUGACUGUGAUAGUUCUAUGCUAAUGUUUGGAGAUGGAAAACAAUACUUACCUAUUUAUUUAUCGCCUGAAAACAAAGGUUACGCAACACAUUUGUUCGUAAAUGAAUUGAUCGAUAUAGAACCAUGGAAAAAGCAUCCAUUACCAUGGCAUCCACCGAUAUGUCAAUCACCUAAAUCGUUUAAUGAAAGAUAUAUUACGCAUAUGUUGCUGGAUGCAACUGUGCAGCAGCAUUCUCCAGAUAUUUCUCUGAAACCAUUUCUACAUAAUUUGGUUCAUACUGCUGAUUUAGCAGAAAUUGGUCAAAGAAUUUUGACGGCAACUGAAGCGAAAGUAGCAGCUCCAUGGGUAUUAUCCAUGCUUGCAUCUUUACAUUGGAGAAUAGUAGGAAAACCUCGUUUAGCUUUGGAUUGCCUCCAAUUAGCAAUGGAAAAUGUUCCUAAAGAAUUUAAAGAUGUACCUUUAGUUAGUAUAGCUUCGAUAUACCAUAAAGUAGGUUUAAUUGACGAUGCUUUAAGAAUUACGGACAAAGCUUUACAAAUUAAUACUGUGGAGCCAAUGACUAAUUUUUUGUUUGGUAUAUUAUUGAAUAUAAAAGGAAAUUACACAGGAGCUAUACAUUAUUUGAAACAAGCAUUAAGGGUGGAUUCGCAUUUAUAUGAUGGUAGGGCAUUAAUGUUAUUGAAAACAUUAGCCUGUCGUGAAAAAUUUAAUGUUAUCACAGGUAAUUGUCCAGGCUGUGAAGAACAAAGAACUAAUUUACAUAAACAUUCUACGAACCUGCCUUCUGUAUUACUUACUAAGUAUAAUUUGCAAGCAAGUGAUACAUUUUUGCGUAAACGACAAGUCAAGAAUUGUAAACAUAUUAAGUACGUUUCAACAAAGACAGAAGAAACAGGCAUGAAUUGUUGGAGUAAUCACAAAAUCGGAUUAUUGGACGUGUCAUACUAUAGUAAGAAAGAACAUGUACGUCAAGGUCUUAUACAUUCAUUAUUACUCCCUAAUAGUGCGACUAAAUUACAUGAUCCACAUGUGCAUAUGACCAGAAUUUCAGAUAAUGACAUGCUACGUACAUAUACUGAUUAUUCAUCAUUUGAUAAAAUUCCUGACAAUCAAAAGGAGUCAUAUUAUCCAAGUAAGGAUGAAUGCGAUGAGCUUAAAUAUGAAGACUGGGCUGCUUCUCUAUUCGUAUUUCAUAAAUUUAUACGACGAAAUGUGACCAUCGAAGAUGAGAUCGAAUCAUUGGAUGAUGAUAUUCCGAAUUUACAGCCAAUAUGUAAUAAGAGUAACUCUGAAAUGAGUCGUGUAACUGAGGUGGUGCAAUUCUCGCAGUUACUACAAUACAAAGCUGAACUUGAUAUGGCUGAGUGGCUGAUGAUGAUGACUGGAACGCAGAACGACACUUUGCAAGGACUCGGGACCAAAAUCGCAUUUGCUUUGCAAAAACAUUAUGCUUCUUGGACCUUGGCGAUAGCCGCAUCAUUUUAUUGGCGUGUGGCAGGCGACAGUCGCAAAGCGCUGGAUUGUAUGUGGCAAAGCCUAGAGAAUACUCCUAAGGAUAUGCAAGACAUACUUCUCGUAAACCUGGCGUCUUUACUUAGCUCGCAAAAUUAUUUCCAUGAGGCCCUCGAAAUCGCUCAGAUAGCACUCUCAAUUGGUCCGGAUUUCAUAAUUAAUCAUUAUGUUGUUGCUAAUCUUCAUGCUGCUUUGGGUGACUUCGAGACUGCUGCAAGUUUUUACAGAUCUUCACUUGAUCUCGAUCCAAAUUUUGAACCGGCUAUUACGAGAUUGCGAGUGAUACUAUGUUUCUUGUUAUUCGAUGAUAAAAAAUUCGCAAUGAGUGAGAUACUGCGGAAUAUUUUGUAAAAUUACCUUUUGCAAAUCGUUAAUGCGAAGUAAUUUGACGAAAGUGCCUUUUUACAUUGUUAAUACGAAAAAUGAGAAGGAAUGUACGUCACAGUAUUAAAUAUGAAAUGA